AUGAAACCGUCCAUAUUUGCGGAUGCGGUGAUCACGGCUUGUCAGGCUUGCGACGGGCACGCGCUGGCGGAGCUGUUUGCUAUUGGGGGAGGUGUGGCUGCGUCGGCUUUGCUAGAACUGGGCGAUGUGCGUCCGGGUGGGAUGAUAUGUUCGCUUCGCAAGUGUUCCGGGUACCUGGGGUCGCCAUGGGAAGACAUGUGCGUGAAUCACCUGAGGUCGCUGUACAGUUUUUCGCUUGCGUCGUCGCUGCCGGCUAGCGCGAGCGAUGCGGUGGAUGGCGAGGGCAAAACGCGCUCCGAGAGGCUCGGUGAAGCGUUUGAUGCGUACAACUCGGUGGUGAGCGCGUUUGUGCGCUACUUUUCGACGUUGACGCCGGGAAGGUGGGCUUUGCCACUGUUGCGGAUCCUGUGCCUUAAUCUUCGAUGGUUGGCAGUGCAGGCGGACUCGGCCGCACACAUUGCGAGCGUGUCCAACACUUGGGCACCAACCCGAAGCACGCAACCCAACAAGCGCUUGGAGGAGUGCGCCCGACAGCUCAACAAGGCGUUUAGCGCGUGCAUAGCGGAUCGGAAUGCAGACAUGCACGAAUCGCGCAAAUGGGGAACAUACGAAGUGGUCGGCAUGGUAUUCAAGACGUAUUUCCGCCUCAAGAGCGUCGGUCUGUGUCGCAACAUCUUGAGGGCGAUCAACGCAGCGGAUCUCCCGGACCUGUGUGCGUACCCGCGCAGCCAACAAGUCACGUUCCGAUACUACGUCGGAGUACUAGCCUUCCUCAACGAGGAGUACGAUCACGCCGAGCUCGAGUUGCAAGCAAGCCUACAAAUGUGUCAUCGAUGCGCACUGAUCAACCAGGGCCUAAUCUUAACCUACCUGAUCCCUGUGAAGCUGCUCAAGGGGUCGCUACCACAUCCGUCGCUGCUCGAUCCCACCACGCCGAUCGGUCGAAAACUCGCCGUCUAUCAGCCCUUCACACGCGCGCUCCGAACCGGCGACGUCAAAGCGUUCGACCAAGCGCUUGCAAACCCAACCAUAGAAUCCUCGCUCGUCAAACGCGGCACGUACAUCGCCAUCGAACGCGCCCGAGACGCAACGCUCCGCACGCUCCUCAAAACCAUCUGGCUCAGCCUACCACUCAACCCCACCAAUACAAGACCUACCAGACUCACCCUCACUCUCCUCCACCACGCUACAUCCACCGACCUCAUUCGGCUCAAGUACUCAAUCAAGGAGCUCGAAUGGAUCCUCGCAACCCUGAUCUACAAAGGCUACGUCAAAGGAUACAUCGCGCACGAGCGAGGUGUGCUCGUACUGAGCGCUAAAGACGCUUUCCCCGCCUUGCGAACCGUGGCUAUCGCAACCACUUGA